UGCAGAUGCGUACCACCAGGGCCUGACUGACUCUGGCAUGUACGAGGUCCAUCCCCAGGGGAGUAAUCACUCCUUCCACGUGUACUGUGACCAGGAGGAUGAGGGCGGCGGAUGGACCCUCUUCCAGCGCCGCUGGGACGGGUCGGAAAGUUUCUAUCGGGGAUGGAAAGCGUACAAGGAGGGCUUCGGACACCUGGAGGGAGAGCACUGGUUGGGCAAUGACAAGAUCAGCGCGGUGACAAAGCAGGGACAAUACCUGAUGCGUGUGACUUUGGAAGACUGGAGCAACAGCACGAGAUACGCGGAAUACUCGCAGUUCUAUGUGGAGAAUGAGGAUAAAAUGUACCGUGUACGUGUUGGAAGCUAUUAUGGAAACGCUGGGGACUCUUUCCCAAAUAGUGGAUCAAGAUUCAGCACCUAUGACUCAGACUAUGAUGCCAGCAUGUACCACUGUGCAGAGCUGAGGAAAGCUGGCUGGUGGUACUGGGACUGCACGCAUGCCAAUCUGAACGGGAUCUACUACCACGGUGGGGACUAUGAGGGUGGAUGGAAUGGGCAUUACUACGUCUAUGACGGCAUCACAUGGCUCAGCUGGAAAGGCUACUUCUACUCCCUCAAGUCUGUCACUCUUAAAGUCAGGCCAGAGAACUUCAACGACAGAUUCUGAUGAUGAACUAUCUGAUAGAAAAAUACCAUGUUUGUUUUCAGAAUUUUUCUUAUGAUGUGAAGAACAUUUCCUGCAAAUGUCAAGGUUGGCAAGUUAAGCCCAGACAUCACUGGAUUGUAAGGUUUGACACAAGGGUUGGGAGAUGGAGACAUACUUGGGCAUAAGGUAUCAAUGGUAAACAUUAGAUUUUCUAAUGCUGAAGAGCACCAGCUCUUGCAUUAUC